CACAAGCCAUCCUUCUCAGAUCUCAUCUCUCGUUCAAUCCAUAUAACAACUUGAUAUAUUUCGUCUUUUGCACAAGGCUACAGGUGACACACAAUGCGAUCAUUCAUCCGCGCUUCAGCGACCGUCGCAUCGACAUCGAUGACUCGUCCCGUUCCGGCCAGGAAUAUCCCUCGACCUAUGCUCGGGGGGAUGCAGAUAAGUAAAAGAGGAUACCAUGAAAAGGUCAUCGAUCAUUAUGAGAACCCAAGGAAUGUCGGUAACAUGAACAAACUUGAUCCCAACGUCGGAACCGGACUUGUCGGCGCACCAGCCUGUGGCGACGUCAUGAAACUACAAAUCAUGGUCGGUGAAGAUGGAAUCAUCAACGAUGUCAAAUUCAAGACUUUUGGAUGUGGAUCCGCCAUUGCGUCAUCGAGUUACAUGACGGAACGUGUCAAGGGUAUGAGUCUGGAACAAGCUGGUCAGGUUAAAAACACGGAGAUUGCAAAGGAAUUAUGUCUCCCCCCUGUCAAGUUACAUUGUUCUUUACUCGCUGAAGACGCUAUCAAGUCAGCUAUCAAAGAUUAUCAAUCCAAGCGUGCCAGACUCAGCGCGGGAACAACUCAGCCUACCAUGGCUCAACCUAUGGCUGCUUCGGCGUAGUGAGUCGCUAGGCUCGUCCGAACCCUUUAGGUGCGUGAUCAAGGGUCUGGUUAUGAUGGAUUUUCCGGGCGUGUGGUCAGGUAGAAAGGUGAAAGGAUGACAAAACAUGUAUCUCUUUAUCAUGAAACU